CUUUUUGAGGUUAUGUGACGAUCGAUUUGAACUACUUUCGUAUUUUAAAAAAUAUUUGUAGUUUGAAAUAUCAUCAAACAAACGUUUUGUAAUUCUUAUCAGUAUGUAAUCAUUAUUUGAGUUUUCGAGUUUCGUUCAAAAUACAAAAUGGACAACAAAAAUCUAAUAUCUGUUCACCCACUUACUAACGACCCUACGGCUGCUUGGAAAGUUAUAUCCAAACAGCAAAAGGUGAUAAAAUUGAACGUUAAAAUACCAUCCAAACCUGUGGAAUCAGACAAACUUCGGUUUGUAUGUAUGAGCGAUACUCAUUCUCUUAUUAGGAAUUUGACAUACAGUAUACCCGAGGGCGAUAUUUUUGUCCACGCUGGUGACUUUACGAAAUGCGGACAAAAAGACGAAGUUAUACAGUUCAACGAAUGGUUAGGCACUUUGCCACAUAAACACAAAAUAGUAAUUGCCGGUAAUCAUGAGCUUAGUUUUGAUAAAAAAUUCAAACAAGAGUUCAACUCUGCCAUUAGUAAACGAGAAGGUAGACAAAGUCACAGUGAAGAUGAAGUAAAAAACUAUGGUAACACUAAAGAUGAUAUUGUCGAGGCUGUUAAUACAGAACAUAUUAGGAAAUAUCUUACGAAUUGUAUAUAUUUAGAGGAUAGUGGUUUAGAGUUGUAUGGAAUUAAACUAUAUGGAUCUCCAUGGCAGCCCGAGUUUGGCAACUGGGCAUUUAAUUUGAGAAGAGGGGAGGAAUGUCUAUCAAAAUGGAAUGCCAUACCAGGUGAUACAGAUAUUUUAAUUACACAUACACCUCCAUUAGGUCACGGAGAUUUGGUAUGUUCUGGGAUACGAGCAGGUUGUGUAGAUUUAUUAAGCACUGUACAACAGAGAGUUCAACCAAAGUAUCAUAUUUUUGGGCAUAUACAUGAAGGUGUGUAUGCAAUGCUUCAAAUGAUAUGGAGUUACAUCUGAUGGGAAAAUAAUUUUUAUAAAUGCUUCUACUUGUGAUAUUAACUAUAUACCAAAUAAUUUGCCUGUAGUAUUUGAUGUUCCACUUAAAGAUGGUAUUAAAAAAGAUUAAUGUAUUAGAACGUUUUUAUACUGUUUGUAAAUAAAUGUACCAACUGGAUUUUUAAU